AUGCCCAGCUUCGGUGGUCUCGGAGGCGGUUCCAGCGGCGGCGGCGCCUCGUGCGCCGCCGGCGGUGCUGGUGCUCCCACGGGCGCCGCAUGCAACAGCUACACCAUCAUCACGACGCGCGGUACGGGCGAGAUGCAAGGCCCCUCUGCGGGCUUCCGCACCAUGAACUCGCAGAUCACGUCGGCCGUGCCCGGCGGAAAGCUGUACAACACCAUGUACGCCGCCGGAUUCGACCAGAACUCGGCGCAGGGCACGCAGGAUAUCGUCAACAACGUGACCAACACCAUCCGCCAGAACCCCAACGAGUGCUUCAUCCUCCAGGGCUACUCGCAGGGCGCCGCCGCCACGACCAACGCCCUCGCCAAGAUCACGGGCGCAGGCUUUGACGCCGUCAAAGGGGUCGUGAUGGUGGGAAAUCCCCUCCACCGCAAAGGCCUCGCCUGCAACGUCGAUGACAAGGGAGGUACCUCGACGAUGAACGUGCAAGGAAUGAUGGCCAUGAUGGGCGGUGGUGUCCCCCAGAACUGGGUCUCGAAGACGUUGGAUAUCUGCGCCUACGGCGACGGCGUGUGCGACACCUCGCACGGUAUGGGCAUCAACGCCGCGCACAUGUCGUACGGCGGCAGCCAGACGGUGCAAGCGAUGGGCCUCAAGUUUAUGCAGAAGCAGCUGGGCCACUGA